AUGACUACAGCAAGGGCAACCUUGCCCUCAUUCGCUCCCACUGGCAAGAUGUUCUCGUCAGUAGUAAUGAUGAUGGCUUUGCUUUUCGCACUAGUGAUAGCCACCGGAUAUGUUCAUGUUGCUUCACAGGCCCCUUCUUCCACUUCAUUCACACAAUACGUCAUCUCGCUCAUGUUCAUGAUCCAAAAGAGGGCUAGUUUAAUGUCCAUCAAACAGGAUUUUCUUACGAAAAGAAGCGCUGUUCAAUAUUCGCAAAGAAUCAACUCGAAUACGCAAUCAGCAAUGGCCAUGUCGAAGCCUUACGUGACCAAGUUAGGUCUCAAUCAACAACAAUAUGAUGCUCUAUUGGAAGCCAAGAUUAAACAAGCAGAUAAAUCCAAUCAGGAUCUAUACGAAGCAAAUAGCUACGUAAACGUCACGGAGAAUGCCAUUUUGGUGACAAACGAAAAUAUCGAAUUAAUCAAUCAGAAUCUUACCAGCGUACUAUUAAGCUAUCACAAAUGGCAAACUACAGAACAGCACUUGAUUUCUGGCAAUAUGUCCAUACAACCAGUGAAUGGAUAUAUGGAGUCAUAUACCACAUUUAUGCCCGUUCUAAGAAUUAGAAAUAGAAUAUCGGCAGGUGCAGGUCAUGGCCUGUUCAUUGGACCAAAUGGUCGAGUGUACUCAUGGGGAGUAGAUACAGGAGGUAGCUUGGGAAGAGAAGCCACAAAAUCUCAACCAUUUCCUUCGUUGAGCACUCCUACUGACCUGCCAGCCAACCUUACCAUACAGCAAAUUGCUUCUACAUAUUAUGGUAAUCUCAUCUUGAGUGAAGAUGCUGUCUACGAUUGGGGUAAAAACGAUUACGGACUUGCUGCUGAUGGUACUAUCCUUAAUAGAAAAGUUCCAACCAAAGUGUUUUCUUGGGAUUUGCAGGGACCAAAAAGAAUUGAUCAAAUUGCAGCUGGUGCAUUCAACUACUUUGCAGUAGAUGAGAAUGGCAAGUUGUACUCAUGGGGAAGAAAUGAUAGAGGACAACUCGGAGAUAGAACCACCAUCGACAAAUGGAGACCUGUCGACGUUUACAUGAAAGGUUCUCUUGUGAAUCAAACUGUUGUUAAGGUUUGUGCAGGACAAUUACAUACCACUGUAUUGACUUCACUCGGUCAAGUCCAUACCUUUGGAGACAAUACGUUUGGACAAUUGGGAAUUGGAAGAAGUGGCAGUGAUAAACCAUUCAUUAUGGAAGCAGCUAAUGUUGUCAUGAAUGGCUCAUUGGCAUCUAAAACUGUUGUUGAUAUCCAAUGCGGUGAUUUCCACAACCUUCUUCUUACCGCAGAUGGUAAAGUUUAUGGAUGGGGUCUCAAUAACAAGGGUCAAAUUGGUGAUGGCUCUAUUGCUGCUAGAUUAUUCCCUGUACAGAUUCCAGAUUACUCUUUUGACAACCGAAGAAUAAUUUCAAUCAUUGCUGAUAUGAACGUUUCUUUUGCAAUUGCUGAGAAUGGUCCUUUAUAUGCUUGGGGUCAAAACGAUAAUUAUCAACUUGGUGUAAAUGCAUCUUCGUAUGUUACUACACCUCAAACCGUGUCUCUUCCAGCAGGACUUGCUCCCGUUGAAUUGGUAAUGAUGGAGAAAUCCACCAUCAUGCUUGCAACAGACGGAAAUUUCUAUGGUACAGGUUAUUCAUCGUCGAAUGCUGAACUGCUAAAUGUUACUACUCCACAAACUAAUUUUUCUCUUGUGUAUGCAUUCCCUAAACAAUACUUACCUCUAGAGAGAAGACACUAUCCUUAUAUUGAACUCAAUGAUAUUUCAUAUUCGUUCGUUGGUAGACAUUUCUUCUCUUUCCCUGACAAUGGUUUUGAUGCAUUUGUUAGAAAUAACACAUCUCCAGAGUAUUGGAAAAUGUUGGAUUACCACAACGCUACCCGUAAAAUUUUCCAAGGUUCAAUUUACAAUACUCACGUUCUUCGUGCCAACAAUUAUGUUUACAUGUUUGGAGGAAUAGUCAAUGGUUCCAUCUCAAAUGUGAUUUACAGAGCACCUAUUGACAAUAUUGAGAAUGGAUGGGAGACUGUCAAACAAACCUUACCUUAUGCCGUUGCAUCUGGAAUGUCAAUCUUACUGGAUGAUUAUUAUUACAUUUUUGGAGGUCUAGUUUUUUGGCAAGAUCAAGCAGGUUUUGUUAAUAUUUCUGCCACGUCUUCGAUUCUGAGAUGCCAUGUUUCAAGUCCAACCCAAUGGGAAGUUAUGAAAUCUGGUAGCCUUCCAAAAGGUGUCUAUAGUGGAAAUAUUGCAAGGAUUGACGAUUAUGUCUACAUAUUCGGUGGUAGAGUCAGUACAGGAGAUGCUUAUGCUGAUAUCUUGAGAGCUCCAUAUCUUAACGUUAGUCAAUGGAUCAACACUUAUGCUGUUUUACCUUUCCCAAUUGCAGAUGGACCAAUGGUGAUCACUGAUGACAAUAUUUAUAUCUUUGGAGGUUAUAUUUCGGAAAAUACUCCUGACGUUUUGGGCAAGUACAUUAAGAGAGUAUGUGUGACUACUAAGAAAGAUCCUGUUGGAAUGUGGACCGUGUCAGGAGAUGAUCUUCCAACCGUACCUGCUCAUUUAGCAGUUACAACAUCUGUAGUUGUUGAUAAUAAUCUGUACUUGUAUGGAUAUGAUUCAACAAAACCAACGACGACACAUAUCCAAGACAAGUUGGUCAACUCUUUCGUUCGAAUUCCUUUUGUAUAA